GGCCGGGCGCGAUGGCUCACGCCUGUAAUCCCAGCACUUUGGGAGGCCGAGGCGGGUGGAUCACGAGGUCAGGAGAUCGAGACCAUCCUGGCUAACACGGUGAAACCCUGUCUCUACUAAAAAUACAAAAAUUAGCCGGGCGUGGUGGUGGGCGCCUGUAAUCCCAGCUACUCGGGAGGCUGAGGCAGGAGAAUGGCGUGAACCCGGGAGGCGGAGCUUGCAGUGAGCCGAGAUCGCGCCACUGCACUCCAGCCUGGGCAACAGAGCGAGACUCCGUCUCAAAAAAAAAAAAAAAAAAAAAAAAGGUACUUCUCAAGCAACACAUUUGAUAUCAACAGUUUUUUCUGAGACAGUACUGACAUAGAAAUCCCCUCUAGUUCUUAGAACUAAAUCCAAGAAUCUUUGUGUUUCUCCUUCAUGACUUGAAGUGGCUUCUUUUCUAAUAAAUUUAGUUCCGUGUCCUGAAACCAGGGUGGGUACAGCUUCUCUAAAAUGGACGAAAAAAUCAAGUUACAUGACAGGGCCUGAAGAGGGAAAUGAUUUUUGCAACAUAACCAAAUUUAAAUCCUGCUUUGGCUGUUAAAAACCAGAAGGAGAAGAGGUAAAGAAAAAGCAAACGCAAGUGGAGACAGUUUGAGUGCUGGGUUCGUCAGGUUUUCAAUUUCUUUCUGCCUUGUUGGCUUUGACUUCAUUCUCUUUCUUAUUAGGUCUAUUCAAUGGAAGCAGAAAUCUAUGGGACACGCUGAUAUUAGCCAGGAAGCACCAUUUGUUGAAAAAUGAGGAUGAGAUAAAAGGGUUAGGUGCCUUUAGUUACUAAAUUCCACGGUUGGCAAAAGCUAUUCAUCCGUCGGUGACAACCACAGCUGUCGUGGCCUCCCUACGGCCAUGUUUUGUUGGACUCAGCCUUGAGAUCCUGGUUUGUGACGUCCCACUCUCCAUCGUAUACACCUAAGCACUCUUCGAUAGAACCCUGUGAGCUCCAGAACACACAAGAAAAGGCACCGACCAGAACUGUCCCAGAGCAGGCAUUAGUUUUUCUUCUGCUACCUAUCCAGACACUCAGACUAGGAACUCGGUGCCGUUUGCUGGGCUGUCGACACCAUGGACAGCUCUUUAGGCGCCACCUGGUUGGCUCGGCGAGCCGACCGUCCCGAGCCCUUCCUCCUCUCCCGUCAGGCCCGUGGGGGCGGCGGGGUUGGUCCUGACGCCCAGCUUGGGGAGCAGCAAUACGCAGCCCCCCAAGCUUUUCUCCGGAGUCCCUCCCCGGCGCUCACGCUCUGAAGAGCCCACGCAAAAGGACCAAGGAGGCCAGAUCUUCCCUCUCCCUGCACCCCCGGCGGUGGGAUCGCAGCUCUGCCUGGGGGCGGCCGCAGGAGGCAAAGGUAUCUGGAGACUGAGGCUGGGGCCACCCGCGGGUGCCAGGCCCAGCCGGUCGGCCCAGAGUGGGCGUGGUCUCCCUCCUGAUGUCCCGCCCCUUCUCUCGCGAGGGGCGGAUCUUCCGCCCCCGGCCGCGGCGCAAUGCGGAAGAGAUGGGCUUGCUGGAGCGGAAGUGACGCUCCCGGCGGCUGUGGCGGCGGCUGCGGGAGAAGGAGGAGGAGGAGCCGGAGGAAGAGGGCUGCCUCCGAAGAAAGGAGAAUGGCGUUCAGUAAAGGAUUCCGGAUCUAUCACAAAUUGGAUCCCCCACCUUUCAGCCUCAUAGUGGAAACUAGGCAUAAGGAAGAAUGUCUCAUGUUCGAGUCUGGGGCUGUCGCUGUGCUCUCAUCUGCAGAAAAAGAGGCAAUCAAGGGUACAUACUCCAAAGUACUGGAUGCAUAUGGACUCUUAGGUGUUUUGCGGUUAAAUCUUGGUGAUACUAUGUUACAUUACCUGGUCCUAGUCACUGGAUGUAUGUCUGUUGGAAAAAUUCAAGAAUCUGAAGUUUUCCGAGUUACUUCCACUGAGUUUAUAUCACUGCGAAUCGAUUCUUCAGAUGAGGAUCGCAUUUCAGAAGUGCGGAAAGUUUUGAAUUCAGGAAACUUUUAUUUUGCAUGGUCUGCAUCUGGCAUCAGUUUAGAUUUGAGUCUUAAUGCGCAUCGUAGCAUGCAAGAACAGACAACUGAUAAUAGAUUUUUCUGGAAUCAGUCUUUGCAUUUGCAUCUCAAACACUAUGGUGUAAAUUGUGAUGACUGGUUAUUACGUCUUAUGUGUGGAGGAGUAGAAAUCAGAACAAUUUAUGCUGCUCAUAAACAGGCAAAGGCUUGCCUCAUUUCAAGAUUAAGCUGUGAACGAGCUGGGACCAGGUUUAAUGUCCGGGGAACAAAUGAUGAUGGUCAUGUUGCCAAUUUUGUAGAAACAGAACAGGUUGUGUACUUAGAUGACUCAGUUUCUUCCUUCAUACAAAUCCGAGGAUCUGUUCCAUUGUUCUGGGAGCAACCAGGGUUGCAAGUGGGAUCUCAUCGUGUCCGUAUGUCAAGGGGAUUUGAAGCCAAUGCACCUGCUUUUGACAGGCAUUUUAGAACACUUAAGAACUUAUAUGGUAAACAAAUAAUAGUAAAUUUGCUUGGAUCUAAGGAAGGUGAACAUAUGCUAAGUAAAGCUUUCCAGAGUCAUUUGAAAGCUUCUGAACAUGCUGCUGAUAUCCAGAUGGUGAAUUUUGACUAUCAUCAAAUGGUUAAGGGAGGAAAGGCAGAAAAAUUACAUAGUGUUCUUAAACCUCAAGUCCAGAAGUUUCUAGAUUAUGGAUUUUUUUAUUUCAAUGGAAGUGAAGUUCAAAGAUGCCAGAGUGGUACAGUUCGAACAAACUGCUUGGAUUGUCUUGAUAGAACAAAUAGUGUGCAGGCAUUUCUUGGCUUAGAGAUGCUAGCUAAACAGUUGGAAGCUCUUGGUUUAGCUGAAAAGCCUCAGUUGGUGACUCGCUUUCAAGAAGUUUUUCGGUCAAUGUGGUCCGUGAAUGGUGAUUCAAUCAGUAAGAUAUAUGCAGGAACUGGAGCUCUUGAAGGGAAAGCGAAGGCUGGAAAGUUAAAAGAUGGUGCUCGUUCUGUUACCCGAACAAUUCAGAAUAACUUCUUUGACAGCUCCAAGCAAGAGGCCAUUGAUGUUUUGCUACUGGGAAAUACUCUGAAUAGUGAUUUAGCUGACAAAGCUCGAGCACUUUUAACUACUGGAAGUUUGCGUGCAUCUUCUAAAGUACUAAAGAGCAUGUGUGAGAAUUUCUACAAAUAUUCAAAGCCCAAGAAAAUUCGAGUAUGUGUCGGAACCUGGAAUGUGAAUGGUGGGAAGCAAUUUCGCAGCAUAGCUUUUAAGAAUCAGACACUCACUGACUGGCUUCUUGAUGCACCCAAGUUAGCUGGCAUCCAGGAGUUUCAAGAUAAAAGAAGUAAGCCAACUGAUAUAUUUGCAAUUGGUUUUGAAGAAAUGGUAGAAUUGAAUGCUGGAAACAUUGUGAGUGCAAGCACAACAAAUCAGAAGCUCUGGGCUGUAGAACUUCAGAAGACAAUCUCCAGAGACAACAAGUAUGUGCUGCUGGCUUCUGAACAGUUGGUGGGCGUCUGUUUGUUUGUUUUUAUCAGACCACAGCAUGCUCCUUUUAUCAGGGAUGUUGCAGUUGAUACUGUGAAGACUGGAAUGGGAGGUGCAACUGGAAAUAAGGGAGCAGUUGCAAUCCGAAUGCUCUUCCAUACAACCAGCCUUUGCUUCGUCUGUAGCCACUUUGCUGCAGGGCAGUCACAAGUCAAAGAAAGAAAUGAAGAUUUUAUAGAAAUAGCACGAAAAUUGAGUUUUCCUAUGGGAAGGAUGCUGUUUUCCCAUGACUAUGUAUUUUGGUGUGGUGAUUUCAACUAUCGAAUCGAUCUCCCUAACGAAGAAGUUAAAGAGCUCAUAAGACAGCAAAAUUGGGAUUCUCUUAUAGCAGGAGAUCAACUUAUCAAUCAGAAAAAUGCUGGACAGAUUUUUAGAGGAUUUUUAGAAGGAAAGGUAACCUUUGCUCCGACAUAUAAGUAUGACUUGUUUUCUGACGACUAUGACACCAGUGAAAAGUGCCGCACCCCUGCAUGGACAGACCGUGUCCUUUGGAGAAGGAGGAAAUGGCCUUUUGAUAGAUCAGCUGAAGAUCUAGAUCUUCUAAAUGCUAGUUUUCAAGAUGAAAGCAAAAUUCUGUACACGUGGACUCCAGGCACUUUGCUGCACUAUGGAAGAGCUGAGCUGAAGACUUCUGACCACAGGCCUGUCGUUGCCCUGAUUGAUAUAGAUAUAUUUGAAGUUGAAGCUGAAGAGAGGCAAAACAUUUAUAAAGAAGUAAUUGCAGUUCAGGGUCCACCAGAUGGUACAGUAUUGGUCUCAAUCAAAAGUUCUUUACCAGAAAAUAAUUUUUUUGAUGAUGCCUUGAUUGAUGAGCUUCUGCAGCAGUUUGCAAGUUUUGGUGAAGUUAUACUUAUAAGAUUUGUAGAAGAUAAAAUGUGGGUUACAUUUUUGGAGGGAAGCUCUGCCUUGAAUGUUCUGAGCCUAAAUGGUAAAGAGUUAUUGAAUCGGACUAUAACUAUUGCUUUAAAAAGUCCAGACUGGAUCAAAAAUUUGGAAGAAGAAAUGAGUUUAGAGAAAAUUAGCAUUGCAUUGCCAUCAUCAACAAGCUCUACCCUGCUUGGUGAAGAUGCAGAGGUUGCAGCAGAUUUUGAUAUGGAAGGUGAUGUUGAUGACUAUAGUGCUGAAGUGGAGGAACUUCUUCCCCAGCAUCUCCAGCCAUCUUCAAGUUCCGGCCUUGGUACUUCCCCCAGCUCUUCACCCCGAACUAGUCCCUGCCAGUCACCUACGAUAUCAGAGGGUCCUGUACCUUCCCUUCCCAUCAGACCAAGCCGAGCACCGUCAAGAACUCCUGGGCCUCCCAGUGCACAGAGUUCUCCUAUUGACGCGCAGCCAGCAACGCCGCUGCCGCAGAAAGACCCCGCCCAGCCCUUGGAGCCGAAGCGGCCGCCGCCGCCCCGCCCGGUCGCCCCUCCCACACGCCCGGCUCCCCCACAGAGACCUCCUCCGCCUUCAGGGGCUAGGAGUCCUGCACCCACUAGAAAGGAAUUUGGAGGUAUUGGAGCCCCUCCCAGUCCUGGGGUAGCUAGGAGAGAGAUGGAAGCACCCAAAAGCCCUGGAACAACAAGGAAAGAUAAUAUAGGACGCAGUCAGCCUUCACCUCAAGCAGGACUUGCAGGCCCAGGACCUGCUGGAUACAGUACAGCCAGACCGACGAUUCCUCCUCGUGCUGGAGUUAUCAGUGCCCCACAGAGCCACGCGCGGGCAUCUGCUGGAAGACUGACUCCUGAAAGCCAAAGCAAAACAUCAGAAACGUCGAAAGGUUCAACUUUCCUUCCUGAACCACUGAAGCCUCAGGCUGCUUUUCCUCCGCAGUCUUCUUUGCCCCCGCCUGCUCAAAGGUUGCAAGAGCCUCUUGUCCCUGUGGCAGCACCUAUGCCUCAGUCUGGCCCCCAGCCAAAUUUGGAAACCCCACCACAACCACCACCUCGAAGCAGGUCAUCCCAUAGCUUGCCUUCAGAAGCUUCCUCACAACCGCAAGUAAAAACAAAUGGAAUCUCUGAUGGCAAAAGAGAAUCACCAUUAAAGAUUGACCCAUUUGAAGAUCUGUCAUUUAAUCUGCUUGCUGUAUCAAAGGCUCAGCUAUCUGUUCAAACGUCACCUGUUCCCACCCCAGACCCAAAGAGGUUGAUUCAGUUGCCUUCUGCAACGCAAAGUAAUGUUAAUACUUUGAGUUCUGUAAGUUGCAUGCCAACAAUGCCUCCAAUUCCAGCUCGGAGUCAAUCCCAGGAAAAUAUGCGAAGUUCUCCAAACCCAUUUAUUACUGGCUUGAUCAGGACAAAUCCUUUCAGUGACAGGACUGCUGCUCCUGGAAACCCAUUUAGAGCCAAGUCUGAAGAAUCAGAGGCAACUUCAUGGUUCUCCAAAGAACAGCCCGUUACUAUCAGUCCUUUCCCUUCUCUGCAGCCUCUUGGUCAUAACAAAAGCAGGGCUUCAUCUUCACUUGAUGGCUUUAAGGACAGUUUUGAUCUACAGGACCAGUCUACAUUAAAAAUCAGCAACCCAAAAGGAUGGGUAACCUUCGAGGAAGAAGAGGAUUUUGGUGUGAAAGGGAAGUCAAAGUCAGCUUGUUCAGACUUACUGGGUUAUCAGCCAAGUUCAUUUUCUGGCUCCAACCUGACAUUGAAUGACGACUGGAAUAAAGGUACAAAUGUCUCUUUCUGUGUGUUGCCGUCAAGAAGACCUCCUCCACCUCCUGUCCCUCUGCUCCCGCCCGGCACCAGCCCUCCAGUAGAUCCUUUCACGACCUUGGCCUCUAAGGCUUCACCCACACUGGACUUUACAGAAAGAUAACGCCAUGCAAUAGAAAACAGUGGGUACUUGCUUUUGGCAGGAUAGAGCCAAGAGAAUUGGGCAUUAGUAUUUCAUUAUGUGCAAUAAGUCAUUGUAAGUGCACUGAUAUCUUCACAAAACACCACUAUUUGAUGUGUACAGAGUUGGACUAUGUGUAUAUUGGAAAUAAGGAAAAACCCUUCUCAUUGUUAACUGGAGUUUUGAUGUAUUUCUCUUCGGAUGAAUAGGAGACAGUAGUAGCCAUAAAAAGUACUUAAAACUACUUUAGAAAACAGUCCUUAUUCAGAAACUUUUCGGUCAGUCUUCUGAAGAAUCUCAAAAAGCCCACCCAACUUUCAGCUGACAUUUCCACCAGCCCUCUCAUACUUGUUAACAAUUGGUAUCUAUGAGUAUUUACCAAAGAGCUGCCAAGGUUACAGUGAACAGAGUUUUGAAAGGCAUUGCUUUAAAGGAAAAAAGUAUAGGUAUGUGUACAUAUAUAAUACAUACAAACACAUGUACUUCUGUAUACAUUUACGUAUUUUUACAAUUCAUACUUUAAUUUCUAGGCUAUAACUCAGACCAAAUUAUACCUAAAGGUUCCAACAAAGUCCCUUUUUCAAUAUCACAUUACCAAAAAGAUGGCUGCAAAUGUAAUUUGGACCUUUCAUUAAUUUUGUUUUCAAAACUAGAAUAAUCUCACCACAGAAUCAGAAUUUUCUACCGUUCCACACCCAACCCCUUCAAAUACACACAACCUUGUUACUUUUCACUCCAGCACCUUCAUACGCUUUUCUCCAGGAGGAGGUUCUUACAGCUGGAAACAGCCUAUUUUGUGGUCACUGUCAAGUGGAUGGAUAUUCUAGCGCUCCCAAAAAAGCACUAUGGCCUUAUAUGCAGGGAAGGCACAUACCACCAAGUUCAAUGAGAAAUAGUAGAGCUAACCGUACUCUCUUCUCUGCGUACGUUCGAGUAUACGUUGCCCAUAUCCCUCCCAUAUUUUCUUUUUGCUGCUUUUGCUCUGGAACUUUGCUUUUAGCAGGGAAAGCAGCCGUCCCCUGAGUGCUUUGAAUUGGGAAUAUACCCAGUGUGUGUUCUCCCCUCUCUUAUGAGGCUACAUAACACAUCUAUGAUGCUGCUUUAAGUUUUUAGAGGCUAUACCUCAAAGUAGCUGCGGAUUUUGUCUCCUGCACUGCCAAUAUGCAACUGAUCCCGCUUUUAUUAAUUUUUUGAAGAAGUAUACAGAAUUUUUACAGAAUGUGGUAUUUUGAUAUCAUUAAGUAAACCAAUCAGAAAACUCCUUGAGCAAUAGUUGUUUCUUUGUCAGUUUCAGUUACAAUCAUCUUUACCCAUUAAGACUUACAUUAACAUUCCUUUUAUAUAAAGAGUUGUAUAUGUCCACCUAAAUUCCUAUGUCCACACUUAACCUUUAAAGAUGUACAUUGAGGGAAUAUCAAAAAAUAGCGUUCAUGGCUACGAAUAUGUAGAAUGUUAAAAGCACAGCAAACUGCACUGCACUUAUGACAUAAAGCAAAUCUAUUAGGAAAAAAAGCAUUUUUCUAAAUGCUCAAAUGUUAUCAAAAUACUAUAUUUAUAGAAGUAAUCUUCUCUGUUAACAGCCAAGAUUUGCUGUUAGAAAUAACUCUUGUGAGUUUUAUAUUGUGCUUUUUGGAGGUUCUAAUCAUUUCAGCAGUAGCGUCUUAAACAGCAGUAUUACUAUAAGCAGUUGCUUCAAAAUGUGAAUUAACUUGUUGAAACUGUGGCUUUAACAUCCAUGUGACUAGUGUAUUUGGUAUUUGCUCUCCAUUAGCAAAAUAAUUCAUUGUUAGGUAAACUUCACUAGUGCAAAUUGCAGAUCUGUGAGCAAUGUUUCCUAUUGGAUAUAAACUACUGUCUAAAAUAUACAUAUCAGCAGCCCAGCCUUUAUCAGGAAAAUUAUACUUGGCAAGUUGCUGAAAAUGCACAAAGUUAUGAAAGUUAAAGGUAUGCUGCAAAUAACUAGCCAUUAUUCUGUGUAUUAUUAAAUAUUUACUAGUUCUGUUAAAAGCAGAGCAGAAGUUAGACACUAAGGAUCUCUUUGUGAACUCUGUGUUCUCUAUAUUAGAUUGCUGUUUAUAUGUAAGAAUUUUAUUGCUUAUGUGGCAUACAAUAUUUAUAACUAUAAACUUUAUAGAAGUACAGUAUUAAAGUCAGUGGUACACAGACAUUCUGUACAUAUCCUGUGAAACGUGCUGUCAUAUGAAAUAAAUAUAUCUGUCUUUAC